AUGCGUGCUGAGGGCACUCGUGGUAAUAUAAAACAUGCGAUCGAGAACCCUUUUUAUCAGUCGUGCUUUUCCCGUGCUGUCGUGACAGGUUUGCUAUGUGACGUCAUAUACAAAGUGGCCGUAAGCGCUCAUGACAGGCAUGUGAAUAUUCACAAAGAUACGAAUUUGGGUUCAAACGGAGAUAUUGAGCGAGCAGCUAAUCUGCUCCUCUCUGCUCCCAUGUGCGCCAGCUGCUACCAAGACUGGGGUGUCCUCACAAAGAACUCGGCACGAGCGAGAGCGAAAGCGACCAGCGCGUAUCAGAGAUGGAGAGCAAGACGGCGGUCAGAAUCAAGGGUCGAUAUUGGACCUUUCGGUUGCCGAAGAAUUAAACCCGACGCCAAUCACUGCUACGUUUGUGUAAAUGGAGUUGCCGUUGUGUCUACUGAAACGCGGCUGUCACGGGCAACGCGACUGUGCGCAAUUGGCAGGACCGACUGGGCGCAGUUCACUACAUUGUUCGCGAAUACAACCUCCCUGCCAGCCGAUAUGAUCGAGGCUCUUCGCGAUUCUGCGGCCCAGGCGAAAGUAUGCUCAAUUCACAGCAAUGCGAUUCGAAGGUGUGAGGAUGCGGUCCACAAGCAAAAAUUUACUUGUGGUCUCUGCCGGCGGCGACUACCUCGAAAUUCAGGCAGGCGGCUUUCUGUCCCGGAAGAUGAGGAAGAGGCAUUUGAAUUUGAGUGCAGAAUGGCGUCUUACUUUGGUCGGUCUGUGUGCGCAAAUUGGACCUGUGAAAUGAUUGUAUGUUCGCAUUGUCGUCACUUGGCUUGCGGAUCACCAGGUGAAGGGCUGGAGCUAAAUGGAUCUACUACAUUCGGGAGACAGGUGCGCGCUGCCCAAAUCUGCAUAUCAUGGGUAUGUAUAAAGCUUUCUGUACUUCCUCCGGCCUAUAUUUCGGAAAGAUGCAUCUCUGCGUCACGGAUUCUAGGCGAGCAUUCGUCUGGCAAAGCAGUCAUAGUUCGGUUACGUGAUGUCAAAGCAGUCUUUGCAAGCUGUUCUACUCCAGGAAGAGUGCCUGACUCACGCACCAUACGCGACUGCGUCAUGCCUCACAUUGCAUCCGUUGGAAUUAGGAUGGAGAUCGCGCCCGGGAGGGUAGGGGCUUUCUUCUACAAUUCUACAAGCGCCUAUUUUCUGGCUUUGGAGAAGCACGCAGCGGAGCAGACAAGUAAUCGUAGCGCAGAGGAUCUUUUGACUUUAUCUCAGCUCGCAGAGCAGAGACAAAACGACCUUAAGACGCUCGUCAGGUCGUUUAGGUUCGACGCUGUUUUCAGCUCUGUAGUCGCUGCCACAUUUUCUGCGGAGUCCUCCAUUGAAGCAGUUCCACGUCGUUUGUGGCUUUCAGAAAUGCUCACGCUCGCGAGUCGCGGCGUACGACAGCGAGCGAAGCGACAGGUUGCCGUAAUGAAAUCAGCGGCAUUGGAUGGCGACAAGAGCGCACAAGCUAUCGCGAGAGAAUGCCGCACAUUUCGUGACAUAUUUCCCUUCAGCAACACAUCAAUUCCACCUUUGGAUGGAGACGAUGUACCGCCAUCGCUAGCCCGAUUAUGUACUCAACUAUACAAACUCGAGAUGGAGGCUCGUCUUGUAGAUCACCGAGAGCGAAAGACUGGCCCCCUCAUGCUGGCCGCGUCGUCUAGUUGCGCUACAUGGAUGUCCAAUGCUGCACACACAGCUCUAGCAAGGCUUGGCGUUAUAGCACCGGAUAAAACUGCAUAUCGCGUACAAAAUGCAUUCGAGACUAUGCUCGAACGCGCGCCCCUGGGGCCCAUGUCUCUUCUACCAAUGCUCAAAUUCGAACAUCAGUUGUUCGUGGCUUCUAUAGACAAUAUCAAUAUCAAGAAUUUACACGCGUCACUCUCCGAUAGCCACUCCCAGCGUGGCUUAAAUGGACUUGCAACGCAGGUGGUUGGAUGGGCAAGGACCUAUCCUGAUAAAUAUAUGGAAGCUGAUGAGGACUCCUCAUCCGGGCAGCGCAGAAUGGGGUUUUUACCGCAGAGUAUUGCAGAAAUUCGACGGAAGCUUACAGGUGGUAUUUCGUCGAGCACUGCCUGCACAAGUGGUGUUAUGUAG